UGCACAAUGAUGUAUGGAAGCGCAUAUGCGUCAUAACAAAAGGGUGAUAAAAUUGUCAAACUGAUAAAUACUGGAUUACAUUUAUAACGUACGCUUGGAAAGUUCGAUACAGGCAAAAGUGAAUUGAAUACAUCGAUACGUUUUUGUACUUAGAUUCUGAGACUCUACCAGGGUCAUUUAACUGAAUGAGUAUUCUAUAAUACAUAUAUUGUAACAAUUAAUCUGUUUGUGAUAUCGGAUUAGAUUAGUGACUUUUAUAAUUGGAAUACUGAUGUCAGAAUAUAUAAUAGGAAUAUAGAAGAGUCACGUAAUAAUGACUGUCCUCAAGAGGAGCCAGUGUGUUGGAAGUAUUUCGUGCGACCUUGUUAUUCAGUAACAAAUGAAGCAUUAUUUCCUGACAAACUGUUUUUGUUUUGGAAAUACAAUCUCGGAUAGGCAAUUCCUACACGGAGACGUGACGAUAUCUUCGUUGGUGUUGUUUGGGUGCUGUCUCACUGAAGAACAUACAUGUGGAAUAUUAAUGACGUCACAUGAAUGGACGGGCUCGGAACAUAGGUUUUCCACACCAGAACGAGACAGAAUGAGAGAAUACCGACGUCCUACUCUUUGUGUGAUUGACGAAAACGGAUAUGACGUCACUAAAACGCUGCAUAAUGAUUCGUCUGGCGGUAGUUUAUCAAACUUGAGUGAUAGCAAUUGUGGAAUAUUGGCCGGAAGUGACUGUGGAGUUUCGAUAACAGAGUCUCCUGACCACAAUGCAAAUUUCACAAAACCGGAAACAAAAAGUUGUCUGUGGAAUAAUACCUGUGUGAAAACAAGCAAUGACAAAGACUUAGAUUUAUCUGAGUUGAAGGCAACUACCACGAGACUUAAGCUGACUACCAGACGACCAAGCACGGUUGCUUGGAAACAAGAACAUUUUAACUCAUCAUGUGACCCGGUGUUACCGAAAUUUGACCCAUCAACAUUGCAAACAGCAGUCGAUGACACGUUCACUGAAGAAAGGAAAAAUAGGAUAAAUGAGGCUUUGGCGUGGCUUCGAAACGAAUUGCAACGUAUGCGCAACGAAGACGAGGUGCUGGCGAGGCAGCUAUUGUCAAUACGGCACGAUAUCCAUCAACUAAAACUGCAGAGAAGUUGUGAAGAGCACCAGGAAAUGCUCGAAGACGUCACUAUGGAUAUGGAAGAAAAACAUGCACUGAACGAAAUUUCGGACAUACUGAUUACGGAUUCGGUACAAGAUUCACCUUUGAAACACCUUGGUGUCACCCGCAUGCAUCUAAGUGCUAGAAGAUUUUCUACAUGUUGAAGGUGUAUAAUUUAAAAAAAAAGAAGAUAAGCAAUCUUUUGAGUACGACACAAGACUCUGUUUGUAUAACUCGUACAUAGAAAGGUUCCGUUGUUCGUGAAACGCUUCUUUUAAGCUUUAUAUAAACGACAAUCUAUAAAUUCUUGCAAAGAGAUGGAGAUGUUUGAGAUUAAUUCAGCGUGUUAUCUGUGAUACAGUAUCUUUGAGAAACAGUCCGCACAAGUUUUGUUUUGAAGGAGCUUGUUGACGAUAGGAACGUUCAUAUCUCGUUCAAACAAUGAUUUACGAGUAGCUGAGAGGGAAAUGAUACUAUAAGGAGAGCUGCAGUUGCUCCAGAGCUGAAUUUGUUUUUAAAUUAGACAAUAUGUACACUAAGCGCCAGACAUACGCUAGUGGAAUUCUAGGGACAAUACCGAGGCUAAUCUCUAACAUUAAUCCGAUUGUUUAUAGUUAACACGGAUUUUGUCGUUGUUAACUAUAUUUAAAUUAUAACUAUAUUAAAAUAUUUCUUCCCCUGGAACUAAAAUGGACACUCUUGUGGUUUGCAGUACAGUGUUUUUACUAAAAACUUUUCAUUUUACAACGUUAUCAACUUUAUAACGAAGUUCUGAACAAUCGGCCCAUUAUCUGCAAAACAAAAAGUUUUAUACACGAACGCCUUGAAAGGGAGUUAAUUUUCUGAAAUGAUAUGAACCAGUUUUACACCGUUCCUUUCCCUUGAAAUGUGACUAAGCCUCUUAUACUGUAUAUCGUUUUUGCUAUGGUUUGUCUUGUAUGAUAUGCAUCUGUCUUAAACCACGUGUUCUGAAUCAUCUGUUAUCAGCGGUAAUAGUGAGCCAAAACAAUUAUUCCAGUCCAUAGCAACCAUAUGAAUUGUUCAACUUCAGAUUCCAUUGUAUGUAGAGUAGAAACCCGUUUGCUCGAACUCCCAGGGACCGGUUAAUAUACAUCGAGCCUCGUGAAAUACGAGCCAAGCGGGAAUGCUUACCUUCAGUAUGAAGAUAUCGGUCCUUCUCAUCCAGUUCGAGUUUACGGUGAAUUCGAGCCAAGCGAGUUCGAGGCAACGGGGUUCGAGUGUAUAUACAUUUUGUCGCAUCAUUGAUACAUGUUUACGAACUAGUUAUAUUCUUAUUAAAAUAUUUUGUGCAAUCUUUAUAAGAAACCCAGGAUUCCUUUUUACCGUGUACAUGUAUAUUGAUUAUAUACGAGGAAAUAAAUGAACCGCAAAUAUUCUUA